AUGUCUCGCUGGGGAGCAGUCAUAGUUACCGCACUGGCUUCACUGCUCUGCGGUGCCGAACGGCCCGUGGUCCGCACACCUUACGGGCCAGUGGAGGGCGUACGUUUGUUUCACCAAGGAAAAUACAUAGACGGUUUCUUUGGAAUCCCAUUCGCCCAGCCACCUGUCGGCGAGCUCAGAUUUCGAAAGCCACUGCCUGUGAAGCCUUGGAAGAUCGUGCGAGACGCCAGCCAGUUUCAGCCGGCAUGUAUGCAAACCAACCAUCUCCUGAACCGCGAUGUUUUGCUCAACUACUCCACUUCCUCGUCCGAGGACUGUUUGCACAUAAACGUCUGGAGGCCAAGCUGCAUCACUAAAAACAACUGCGAAUACGAGUCUCCACUGCUGCCCGUCGUACUCUUCAUAUAUGGCGGCGCCUUCCAGUGGGGCGACGCGUCAGCCUUCUACAACGACGGUAUUGCGUUCUCCUCAGUGAAUGAAGUUGUUUUUGUGAGCUUCAACUAUCGCACAAACGUGUUCGGAUUUCUCAGUGAUUGGUCCUCUGAUGCGCCCGGGAAUCUGGCUUUUUGGGAUCAACUGCUGGCCAUGCAAUGGGUGCGAAGGAGCGUUUCCACCUUUGGUGGUGACCCACUGCUGGUUACUCUGUACGGUCAGAGUUCAGGAGCCAUGUCUGCUAGCAUCCAUGUCUUGUCUCCAAUGAGCAAAGGACUUUUUAAGAGGUGCAUCUUAGAAAGCGGCACGGCAUUAUCGCUGAUAGCAUUUCAGCGCCGCAAUAAGAUGAGCUUUUUCAACAACCUGGUUGGACAGCUAAAUUGUACCGAUCGUACGAGCAACUCGUCAGCGAUGGUGGAGUGCAUGAGGAAAGUGAACGCCCGCGAAGUAAUCCACAAGCUCGCAGCAGUGGGCCAGUUAUCGAGCAUGUUCUUUCCAAUCUCAGGGGAUGCGUUCGUGCCGCAGUACCCGAUAGAUAUCGACAAUGUCGACUGCAUUAAUGGUGAAGAGAUGCUUAUGGGCACUACGCUUGACGAAGGAACCGUGUUUUUUUACCACCCGAUAAAAAGGCUUCGAGACUUGGAACCUCUUUUGCACGACUAUUACGAGGGUGCUACAGCUAUUGUGUUGAGCACGUCGUUCUCUAUUCCUCUCUCAGUAGCACGCCACUACAUCUCGACUUUAUUUCCGAACUCUGCGAUUAACCUCAGUACUGAUGAAAUACUACAGACUCUUAGCCACUCAUUUGGAGACCCUGUGUUCGUCUGUAGCACAAACUUAUGGGGGGAGGAGCUGGCUAGGCGAGGACACGACGUCUACCGCUAUGUUUAUGGCCAUCGUACGCCACUUGGCAUCUGGGACGAGUGGAUGGGCGUUGUGCACACGGACGACUUGCCGUACAUGCUGGGUUCUGUGGCGACGUUAAAGGAGAACUUACGUGCAAAGCGAUGGGGCGACUUGCCGGAAUGGUUCAGAAACUACAAUGCGACAUCUGCGGAACUUUCAUUUAGCAUGAACCUAGUGAAAUCCCUUGGAGCAUUUGUAAAGACGGGGUAA